AUUCGAUCAGGUCACGACACGAUCAGCUGUGACAAGGAAAACAAUUAACAACCCAUCCUUUUGUGAUCAUAUGACAGAUGACAUCCGUGUUGUCGCCGGGUCAACGGUUGAUUUACUCACGUGAUGUACGCCUCGACGAUGUCAUAUCCUGAUAUACAUUCAUGCACACAGUCUGCAGCUGAAAAUGUUGAGCUGAAGCGUCGCCUCCAUCGACUUCGGGAGCACCGAGAUGAGCUGCAGAGGGAGCUGAAUGUCCUCAAGGAGAGGAAGAAGGAAGAAGAUCUACUCCGGAACUACGUCACAACUCGAGAUGUGUAUGUGCAGACGGACCCUCGCCCCUGGCACACCAAUAGGCACAGUCAGAAGUCGGAGGAGAAGAAACAAGCAGACCCAGAGUCACAGAAGCUGAACAAGAUGCUGACGAUGCACUCUCAGCUGAUGAAGAGAUACGAGAAGGAGGUGAAACAGAACAUGGUCCACAUGGAGAGCAUCGCGGACCUCAAUGUGAGGAUGAUGGAAAUGGAGAACAGGAUGAAGGAAGAAAAAGAAAAAGCCCUCAGACUUGAGGCUGAGCUUGUCGGGGUCAGGGGUCAUACUGGGUCAAGGACUCUGGACUCUGAACUGCGAGACAUUGUCAGAGAGAGGAACAAACUGAAGAGAGAGAACAAGAAACUUCGGGAAGAGCUGGAUGGUCUAGAUGAGAGUUUCUUCGACGAGAUCGAGGACAUCAAGUUUGGGUUUCAGCAGUCAGCCCAACUCAACAAGGAGUAUGAGAAGGCGCUCCGGAAACUGUGUCACAAGUUUGGUGUCCCCUACCCUCAUCCAGAGCAAGCUGUUCUCAUGUCAAAGAAGAAAUGAACAUUUAGGAAUUUGGCCUCAUCCGAUGUGAAAGUCAAGUGAGCUAUUGUCAUGGCGAGUUGUCCGUCAUCAGGUUGUCCAGUCAUCCGUCCGUCUAUCCAUUUUUCUAUGGAAUCUCUUCUGAAACUACACUGCCUGUGGAUCUGAAAGUGUCGAAAACUGCUCCAAUGAUUCUGAUCCAUUUGUUAAAAUGGCUGCCUUUACUUCUUCAUAUGUAAGGUGGGCUUCAAAGCCUGGUGGCUCUAUUUAUAUGAAUUUAGAGUCAAUGUACAUUUGUUAUAUCAUUUUACCAAUAAAAUUUAUAU